CUUCACCUGAGAAACCUUCAAAUUUUCUCAUUUUGUAUUAACAGGCUAAGAAUUGUGUGUCGGAAGUUUCCUUAUCUUUAUUUGACAUAUUAAUAAAAGCCUAAAAUCCAAAAGGUUUCAAAGUAAAUCCUUGACUGCAAGUCUACUGCACGCUCUUUGAACUCUAAGAGGUGAACACAACGGAUGUUGUCGCUGUUGUAAUCAGACUUCAUCACACUUCUAAUUUGUCAUGAGACAUCUGGAAACCGCACUAAGUGAUUUUUUCUGAGAAAAUUCAAAUAUGCUGUCAAUGAAAAUCAAAUGACUGUUGAGUUGCACAAAUAGAUCAAAGCAUUGAUAAAAAGAUUUGAUGAAGAUAUAGUAUUAAAAAAAAACAAUUUUAUAUAAGAUGACGAGUCGAAAACGCCAUACAAAACAAAAGAAUCAAAGUCGAAGUAUUUUGUCCAAAGCAAGACAAAGUCCAGAACAAAUAAAAGAUUUGUUUCCAAACAUUGACUGCAUUUAUCCUGGAGGUAGAACUUUGUUGACUCUAGCCAUCGAGAACGGGGAAGAUAUCUGUCUGGUUGAAGCUAUUAUUAAAUCUGGUGCUGAUGUCAAUGUACAGAACUCCAAAGGUCAAACUGCCCUGAUGUUUGCUGCCAGAGCUCAGAGAAAUGACGUUUUACAGAAGUUGUUAGAAAACGAGGCUCAAGUUGAUCUGCUCAAUGAUAAAAACUUGACAGCACUUUCCAUUUGUAUAGCAGAAAACAAUAUAGAUGGAGUUAAACAUUUGGUCCAGUCUGGGGCUGAUGUCAAUUUAAAAACAGGCAAAUUACAAGAAACUGCAUUAGCACAGGCCAAAAGACUGGGCAAAAUUCACGUGAUUGAUCUUUUAGGGCGAAGUGAUCUUAGUCUUACUGAUAUAUCUCUACAAUCUAGUAGUGUAGAUAAAGUUGAACAAAAGAGUGCGCGAAGUAAAGAAAUAACAGAGAACAAAAAUGAAGAACUAAGACUUUGUUUGACUAAAUUUUUUUUAUUUGAAACACUCUAAAGGCAAUGGCCAGAAAAUUAGUUUUAAAACUUUUCGCAAAUUAGCUGAUGUGUUUCAGAAAAAUGGCAGACUUAACUGUCAGGACUCUUCAGGAGCAACUUUAUUAAUGUAUGCAGCGAUGCAAGGGUCACGUGAAAGUUUGGAAUACAUUUUAAAUUUAAACCCAGAUGAUAUCCACACAAAAGACGCGUAUGGUAGGACAGCGCUUAUGUAUGCCAUUGAACAUUGCCAUUCAAACCAAUUAAUUGAACAUAUUCUAAGUCUUGGAGCUGAUGUUGGUAUACAGGACAGAGAUGGCGUGACCGCUCUUAUGAUAGCGUUCAAAAAUUCUUUAGAGAUAGGCGAUUCAAUUCUUAAAAAAUUAGCUUCAAAGAACAUAGAACAAAGAACUGUGUAGGUAAAACUGCAUUUAUGUAUGCAACAAAAUAUAAAGCUUCGGAAGAUUGUUUAAAAAUUCCGAUGAAGUGAGGAGCCGAUAUCAACAUUCCAGAUGCAUUUGGUAUAACACCUUUAAGUUAUUUAAUUAAAGGCAAUGCUAUUGAAUGUAGAUGUAAUGACUUAUUUGGAACUAUAUUUCACAUUCCAAGAAGGUCAUCAAUCAAAACAUCAAAAUGCAGAUCUGAAUGUCUACGUACAGUGCUGAAAAUUUCAAAUUCAUUUAGUCAAAAAUUAAGUUCAAGAAAUCGCCAAAUAAUUUUUGAAUAUCUGGAGAGUCACCAGAUGGAUUCUCUCAACUGGUUUUACUCUAAGGAUAAAACUUACAACCCAAAGUCGUGGACAGUAGUAAAUUUAGAGGAUUGUUUCCGUUGUUAGUUGCUCUGGAGUUAGGUCAUCUGGACAUGGCCAGUUUCAUAACAGACAACUACUACAUGACCAAGAAAGACUUCACGUUUUUAAGAAAAUUUUAUGACAAACCUACCUGGAUGACACUUUAUUUCAAUUCAUCGUUGAAUAUUUCAAGAGGGGCUAUUAAAUUUGCAGAGGAAACUGUUUCCCAACCUUGGCCCCUGGUCAAGCUGAGCUUCAUCGCAGUCUCAACUUGUAUUGGUUUAUAUGGAGACAGAGCUGAACGUGUAACAAAACUUCCCAUUCCACAGAUAUUAAAAAACAAACUUUUAUUCCAAUCUCCAGAGGCUCAACGUUAGUUCGAAGUAUAAUAUAAUAACUCAUCUGGGUGCAUUCAUAUAUAUAUAUAUAUAUAUAUAUAUAUAUAUAUAUAUAUAUAUAUAUAUAUUUCUAUCUGAUUAGCAGGUAAUAAGCAUACAGGUUGGCUAAUUAUUAAUAAUACAAUUCUUUUGCACCUACUAAUUAUUAUAAUAUUAAUAUAGGCCUAAAUACAUUUUAUGUUGGGAUAGAGAUCUGGUUGUAUGAAGUUGGUUAGGCCUUGACAUCAAAGUAUGUCAUAAUUAUGGAUAGAUAGAUAGAUAGAUAGAUAGAUAGAUAGAUAGAUAGAUAGAUAGAUAGAUAGAUAGAUAGAUAGAUAGAUAGAUAGAUAGAUAGAUAGAUAGA